AUGGAACCAAACAAAGGAGGAACGAAAAAGACCAGGAGACCAAAACAUCGAUCUUCACAAUCUUCACAUUCACAGGGUGCAGCUGGACUCUCUACAAGUAGACCUAAUUCAGAAGCGGGUGGCAAUUCUGACAAGCACAGGAAGCAAGAUCCAAAAGGGUGCGGUAAAGGAGCAUCACGAGAAGGUGACAAAGGCAAACGUCUUCCGUCAUCAACUGGCAAAGGACAAACUUCAGGUAAAAACCACGACCAUCGACGAGGAAAACAUGAUCCAGAGAACAGAAAUGCCAAAUCAGCAACGCAGCAUGAGACACAGCCUCCCGCGGGUAGACUGCAGAGAGGCGGCCAAAAGAAAUCAUACCCCAGUAAAGGUAACACUCUGGAUCUUAAGACCUUGAAAGAAAAGGAUUGCACUGAGGUGGUCCACAAAUUAAACGAGAGUAUGUCUGGACUUACGUUCUUACUAAGAUCAGAGGAGGAACAGCACAACACUGAUGAAUUCAUCUUCGACCUUACUUGCACACUAGCAAUCGUCUGCGAUGCGCCAGCAGGCGAAAACACGAAUAAGAUUCUGGCUGCGCUUAAAGGUUCAGCCUUUUUUAGAUCCAAAAUUUCAUACUUACUCGAUCGUGUUCAAAAGGGGAAAACGACAAUUACUGAUCUCCAGUCUCAAAGAAGACUCAUAGAAUCCCUAAUCAAGGUAUUCAAUAGGUAUCUGAUUCACUUACCGAGUUCAUAUGCGGACCCGCCUUACGAUCCGCUCAGAGAAACCUUGGAUCAGUCAAACAUUGACGGAAAAGAUGAGCUUAAGGAACGAUUACGUGAUUUCAAACAAAGAAGAGAUGACAUCAUCAAGGCCGAAAGACAAAACCCUGGAAGUCGUUACGCCAACAAAACGGGUCAAAAACCGCCAAAUGAUUUUCGAGACAUACCCAUAUGUCCAACGAACAAAGAAAUUAAGACGUUACCAAGAUGUNUACCGAGUUCAUAUGCUGACCCGCCUUACGAUCCGCUCAGAGAAACCUUGGAUCAGUCAAACAUUGAUGGAAAAGAUGAACUGAAGGAACGAUUACAUGAUUUCAAACAAAGAAGAGAUGACAUCAUCAGAGCCGAAAGACAAAACCCUGGAAGUCGUUACGUCAACAAAAUGGGUCAAAAACCGCCAAAUGAUUUUCGAGACAUACCCAUAUGUCCAACGAACAAAGAAAUUAAGUCUCAAGAACGACCCUUUCUGCGAAAGAACAUUAAAAAAGGACGUUACCAAGAUGUCGAACAUUACCUUGAUGUGCAGUUCCGAUUGCUUCGAGAGGAUUUCCUUGAGCCAUUAAGAGAAGGUAUCUAUGAGAUUACGCACAACAUUCCAAGAGGACAACGUAAUCAGAUGAUGAAAUGCUACCAAGGGGUGCACAUUGUUGGCAAGGAAUUUACUUUGUCUGGAGUGAAUCACAAGGUUCAAUUUGAUGUUUCCAAAUUCGGCAUGACAAACUGGGCGCAGUCCAAAAGGCUUAUUUUUGGUUCAUUCCUUUGCCUUUCUAAAGAUAACUUCGAAACAAUGCUUUUUGCUACGGUUGCUAAUCGAGACCCAAGGGACCUGUCGAAAGGCAGAUUUCACAUUCGAUUCAUUGAGGAACAAAAUAUUGUUGAUAUCGAGAAGCGCCAACAAGAAUACCAGAUGGUUGAGUCACCAGCCUAUUAUGAAGCCUAUCGUCACGUACUUAAAGGACUCAAGGGGUUGAACGACGACACCAUGCCUUUCACUAAGUACUUGGUUGAAUGUAGUGCCGAAGUAGACCCUCCAGAGUAUCUACGACGCGAGGAUGACCAAGAUCCUGUAUGUUAUAAUCUCAGCAAGGCCCUUGGUGUACCAAAUUUACCAAAAGCAAAGAAGGUACCUGUUCUCGACUCUGAGGCUUGGCCAUCGGUCCAGGCACUUCACCUGAACCAUUCACAACUUGAGGCAUUACGAACAGCGGUUACAACUGAGUUCGCUGUCAUCCAAGGCCCCCCCGGGACAGGAAAGACGUACGUUGGAGCUAAAAUUGUGCGAUGUUUGCUCGAGAAUCGCAUCCAGUGGGAUCCGGACAAAACAUCUCCAAUGUUGAUGGUGUGCUACACAAAUCACGCUCUGGAUCAGUUCCUGGAAAAGGUGUUGGAAUUCCUGCCAAAGAGAGAGAUCAUUCGGGUAGGAGGAAGAUGCAAAAGCGAGCAACUGGAAGAGUGUAAUUUAAAGCUCUUUACGAAGAGGCAAAGGAACUAUUACCAGCGUGCAUUAAUACAAAGGAAGAUUAAGGAAAAUGAAGCGGAACUAGACGUGUACAAAGCCGGUCUUGCCAAAGCAGCCGAUGAGGUGUUAGAAUUUAGACAUUUGGAAGGCUCCAUGACUACGGAACAGGCAGAUCAACUCUACGACGCAGUAUUUCCACCUAAAGUAAUAGCCAAAUGUCGAAAGACCUCUAACACUUUCAAAUUAUGGCUGAGCGACAACGAGCAGUUGAAUCAUCUGAACCAACGCCAGAACGUAUCGGAGGAAAGCGAGGUAGAUGAAAACCAAGAUGGCUCUAUCCUUUCCCAAGACAUCCCAGGUGAAGUAAUUGACGAUUUUUACAUUGGUCCUGGUCCAGCAUUUGAGUCACGAAUGACUAAUGCUCAUUCUGAAGGCGACGUAUUAGGUUCUGAGGAACUGUCUGAGGACAGCCCCAAAGAGAGUACAACGAAAAUAAUUCCAACAGCGGAUACGAAAGCGAUGCCCAUUUUUAAAUCCGACCAAAGCCAAUCCACAAACUCCAAGGUUGAUAAUUCUUUAAUUCAGAACGAGUUGUCCGUGGAUUGGGCUCAAAAGGAUCCGGCGGAAGGUUCAUCAAAGAGCCAGACAUUACUAGAUGACCAAUGUUUAUCAGUCUCUCUUCAGACGAGUGACGCCCCAAUUGCUGCAGUUACCCAAGGCCUUGAGGAGCGAAGUCAAUUGUCAGACCACCUUAUUAAUAGGGAAGCUGUUGAACUGACAAUUACAGUGGAAGACGAGGCUACGCGGAUACAUAAUGAAAGAUGUAUUGAGGGCGACGAAGAAUAUACGUUAGCAAUAUCGCAUCAAUCACUUGAAGAAGACGACUCGGAAAGGGAAAGAAUAGAAGAGACCCAGGAAGAAAUGGAAGUUACCUACGAAACAGAAUCAAAUCCAUUUGUCUGGCGAUUGGGCAACAGAGGCAGUGAACUGAUUGACUCUGACAAACCAAGGAAAAUUACGACUGACGCUCGAACAAAGAAAGAAACCGAAGCCAACGAAGAAGAUUCAAAUCCAUUUGUCUGGCGACUGGCCAACAGAGGCAGUGAACUGAUUGACUCUGACCAACCAAGGAAAAUUACGACUGACGCUCGAACAAAGAAAGAAACUGAAGCCAACGAAGAAGAUUCGAAUCCAUUUGUCUGGCGACUGGCCAACAGAGGCAGUGAAGUGACUGACUCUGACCAACCAAGGAAAAUUACGACUGACGCUCGAACAAAGAAAGAAACAGAAGCUAACGAAGAAGAUUCAAAUCCGUUUGUUUGGCAAGCAGCCAGUAGAGGCAGAAAACUGAUUGACUCUGAAAAUAGCCAAAGGGAAGCUACGACUGAAGCUCAAACAAAGCAAGAAACAGAAACUAACGAAGAAGAUUCAAAUCCAUUUGUCUGGCAAGUGGCCAGUAGAGGCAGAAAACUGAUUGACUCUAAAAAUAGCCAAAGGGAAGCUACGACUGAAGCUCGAACAAAGCAAGAAUCAGAAACUACUGAUUCAAAUCCAUUUGUCUGGCUAGAGGCCAGCAGAGGCGGUGAAACUCGACCAACGUUACAUGACGAGAUCAAUCUCACAGGGGAUGUAACCAAUCUAAAGACGCAGUUGCAAAAGUUAACAAUGAUGUCCGACAACGAAGCAACAAGAGUGACAGACAUCUGGGAGUUAUCAGCAGCGGAUCGUCUCCGAUUAUACCUUUACUGGGUGGAAUGCUAUCGUGAACGCAAAAGAAUUGAGAUCCAACGAGUGGAACAAAAACAUGGAGAGCUUUGUGCUAAAUUGGAAGAGGCUAAUGCUGAAGAGGAGGAAGUGGUCAUACGCAGAGCAACAGUCGUUGGGAUGACAACCAGUGGUGCUGCCAGAUACCAUUCAAUGCUUCAGAGAAUAUCUCCCAAAAUCGUCAUCAUAGAGGAGGCUGCUGAGGUUCUUGAAGCCCAUAUCAUUACUUCUCUUUCACGAAACACAAAACAUACCAUUCUCAUUGGAGACCAUAAACAGCUUCGCCCGAAAGCAACAGUUUAUGAAUUGGCCCAGAAAUACAAUCUGGAGAUCUCGCUGUUCGAGCGAAUGGUGUUAAACAGCAUGGACUGCAAACGCCUUUCCACUCAGCACCGCAUGCGUCCUGAGAUUGCUGCCCUGACUAAAAGAAUUUACGAACAUGAGAUCGUGGACCACGAGUCUGUGUGCACAUUUGAGGACAUCUCAGGACUAAAGCACAAUAUGUUCUUUAUUGACCACCACCAGCCUGAAGUCCUAGUUGGCGGUAUGCAAAGCUACUCCAAUCCUCACGAGGCUGGCUUCCUCGUGGCUCUCUGUCGUUACCUACUGCUGCAAGGUUACAAGCGAGAGCAAAUCACAAUUCUUACCAUGUACACGGGCCAGCUUUUAGAGUUAAAGAACAGAAUGCCAAGAAGUGAAUUUGAGGGGAUUAAAGUGUGUGUUGUCGACAACUUUCAGGGUGAAGAAAACGACAUCAUACUCCUCUCGUUGGUACGAAGCUCCAAAAUAGGAUUCUUGAAGGAGUCAAACAGAAUAUGCGUUGCGUUAUCGCGAGCUCGUCAAGGAUUUUAUUGCAUCGGCAACUUUACCCUUCUCAAAAGCCAGUGUAUGCUCUGGAAGGAAAUAUGCGACGAUUUACAAACAAAGAAUGCAAUCGGUCACGUUCUAACACUGGUUUGCAAGAGGCACAACAAUGCCAACGAAGUAAAAAAUCCGAGUGACAUCCAAAACUUUCCCCUGGGUGGUUGUGGCAAACUCUGUGGAGUACGUCUUGAAUGUGGUCAUGCCUGCGACAAGGACUGUCAUCCUACAGAUGAAUUUCAUGAACCUGGGCGAUGUCCAAAGGUGUGUUGGAAAAGCUGCCCCAAUGACCAUCAUUGUCAAAGGCUCUGUCAUCAUCCAUCUGAAUGCUUCUGUGCACGUCCUAUGGUGAAGAUUAUUCCUCGAUGUGGCCACGAACAAACAGUACGGUGUUGUAUUGAACCCGAAGAUUUUGUAUGUCAAGUCAAAUGCGAGAAAACUCUCAACUGUGGCCACCAAUGUAAAAACGUCUGUGGUAGCCCGUGCACAACACGUUGCAAUGUUGAAUGUAAUAAAACUCUUCCAUGUGGACAUGAAAAGAUUAUGCCGUGUUUCAAAGACCCCAUAAUCUACAACCAUUGCAAAAGCGAUUGCAACAAAGAACUGGAAUGUGGCCACCCUUGUUCCAGGAAAUGCAAAGAACGAUGUCACUGUAACACUACAAUAGAAGUUGACCUGCCAUGCAAGCAUCAAAAGCGUGUUUUGUGUCCCCAAAAGAACCAACCUCUCCUUUGCUUUGAAGAAUGCAGGCGAGGGUUGAAAUGUGGACACGAGUGUCCUGGUCUUUGUCAUGAAGAUUGUAACGGGUUCCGGUGCGAAAUUUUGGUUGGAAAGAUUCUUCCAUGUGAUCACGAACAAAUCCUUCCCUGCCACUUUGACCCACGCAACAUCAGCUGUCACGAAAUGUGUCAAAAGAAAUGUAACCGAGGUCAUCCCUGCCAACAACGGUGCCACUAUGGUUUUCCAUGUAAAGACUGUAAAGUGAUGGUUAACAUGACAAUUCCCUCGUGUAACCACGACAUUGAGAUGCCCUGUUACUUGGAUCCAGCUGCACUACAAUGUAGAAAGCCAUGCGAACGAGUUAGGACCUGUGGACACCCUUGUCGAGAUGUUUGUAGUAAGAACUGUGACGCUAGACCAUGUAUGAAGUUGGUAACGAGAACGUUGCGUUGUGGACAUACAGUAAGUCUAGCCUGUAACAAAAACCUUCAAACGUACAAAUGUAAGGCAAAAGUUGUGGUCGAUCUCUCAUGUGGACACAAGAAGCCAAUGGACUGCUAUGUUAAAGAAGCUGGCCUACAGAACGUGAAAUGCGAUGAGAAAGUAGAUAAAGAACUGCCUUGCAAGCAUAAAGCUAUUCUUCAGUGUCACACAAAUAUUGAAGACUACAAGUGUAUGAAAAAAGUCGAUGUCACAAUGACGUGUGGACACACAAAGUCGGUCACCUGCUCGGCUGAAAAGGCUGGAAGACUACCCCCUUGCAUGGUUAUGAGAACUCGCAAGUUGUCCUGUGAACACGAGGUAACUAUUCCCUGUUGUGAAUUUGGCGAAGAUCGCAAGUGCCAAGAGAAAGUUGACAUCACAAUGUCCUGUGGACACAAAAGGCUCGUUGAAUGUUCAAAAACGAAGAACGUAUUAGAAGAUGUGAAAUGCGAUGAAGUGGUCAAGAAAAAACUACGCUGUGGCCAUGCGAAAGAGAUGCAAUGUUCCGUGAAACCAGAAGACAUUUUUUGCGACGCCCCUUGUGAACGACAUCUUUCCUGUAAGCAUCCUUGCCGAGGACGAUGCAGUGACGACUGUAGUAAAGUGCAAUGCGCAGAAAGGGUGGAAAAGAAUUUGUCCUGCGGACACCAUAAAAUCAGUUGUCUUUGUCCUGACGACGUUUCUCAAAUUAUUUGUCCAAACAAAUGCAUACGAAAGUUGUCAUGUGGCCACGUUUGUACUGGAAAAUGCUCUGAAAAGUGCAGUGAUUACCAGUGCGAAGAGAUGGUGAUGAAGAAACUUAACUGCCCAGGGAAACAUCAUCUCCGAAUGCUAUGUACUGAAAACCCAACAACCACAAUGUGUUUGCAGAGCUGCAGGAAAACGCUAGACUGUGGUCACCCUUGUGAGGGGUUUUGUGGUCAACCAUGCGGAACUGUGAAAUGCAGGCGGAAGAUAAAAAUGACGUUUCCUUGUGGCCACAAAAAAACGCUUCCGUGUUUUCUGAGAAAAACAGCUAUUUGUAAAGCACCUUGUCUGCGGCCGAAGAGCUCAUGCGGACAUCUUUGCAAGGGAUGGUGUGGGGAACCUUGCUAUAAGUAUCCUUGCAACAAACCUGUGACCAGAACUCUACGAUGUGGUCACAAGAUUGAAAUGCGCUGCUGUCACAAUCCGGAAUAUGUAAGGUGCCCUGCAGUAUGUGGAGCAAAGCUGCAAUGUGGUCAUCAGUGUUCUGGGACAUGUGGCGAUUGUCGGCAAAGGAAAUCGCACAAAAUUUGCCAAAAUCCGUGCCGUCGUAUUCUCGUUUGCUUGCACCGUUGCAGAGCAACAUGCUGUGAGCCUUGCCCUCCAUGUGUCAGUAGGUGCGGCCGUAGGUGCCCUCAUGAAAAGUGUAAGGAGCACUGCUCAAAACCAUGCAAUCCAUGUGGACAGCCUUGUACAUGGAGUUGUCCUCAUUACCAGUGCAACAAUCUUUGUGGUGAAGAGUGCGACCGCCCUCGAUGCGACGCUCCCUGUCCUAAAAAGCUUCCGGCUUGCGGCCACCAGUGUAUUGGCUUGUGCGGAGAAACCUGUCCCACUGCGUGUGCAAUCUGUCACGCUGAAAAGCUAUCUUCUGUGCUCAGGGAUGGACGUGUUAACAAAACGGAACCCACAAGAUGUCUGCAACUUUUCGACUGUGGUCACAUCAUAACAGUUAAAAGUAUGGACGAGUGGAUGUUGCGUCAACAGAGUAGUGACGUGCAACUCAUGCGUUGUCCAAGAUGUUCUACACCAAUUACAUUCAGUUAUCGUUAUGGAAAUCUCGUCAAAAGGACAUUGAAGAACGUGGAUCAUGUCAAAGUACAAGUACACGAGCUUGCAGUUGAAGUUUCCAACUCUGUAAAUCUCUUAGGAAAGGAUCUAAGGCACCUAAAGUUUGAUGUGAAGAAGCUGAAGUUUCCGCAAACAGUUCUUCGCGUUAUGCAGUUUUUUCCACGUGAUGUACGAAUGGAUGAGAGCACGAUUCUGUUUCUUUUUAUAGCUAAGAAUCACUUGACGAUUCUUAAGAAAGCACAAGCGCCACAGCAGCUUCUAGCAAACGUGCACUCAGCCCAAGGUAUCUCCACACAGCAAGGGAACGUGGAGCAACUCGAGAACAUUACCACGAAAGCGCUCGAAAAUAUCAAAGUAUACCUUGAGCAACCUCAACUCAAUUUGAAAACUCUUAGUCAGGUGCACGAACAUACAAGGAAGUUCUUUCUAUUCAGUCAUGUGCUAGAGGCACAAAUUGAAGCUGCAAAACACCAAAUCCCUUUUUCAAGAACAGGUAACACUCGGCUAAAGUUGGCUUGCGAUCGGUUUGCAGUGUUUUUUAAGGGUAACGAUCGUGCUCUAGAUCUUGAAUGGCUGAGAGAAACAGUCCACUUACUAAGAACGGAGCUGCAACUUCCACCCUUACCGCCCGAGGAAGCAGAAGACUUCGGCAAUUUCCCAGGGUACCAAAACGGUGUCUGGAAAUCAUGCGACCAAGGCCAUGUUUAUUUCACGGGAUGGAUAGUGCGAGGUGGCGACGACAUUCCGGUGGGAAGCGAAGGCUGUAGUCGGUGUAGAGCAAGAAAGUAGGGCUAUUGAGAUGUCUAUUGAGAGUGACUGAUACGUGAACAAGAGUUCACUGGAAGGCGAAACAAUGAAACAUGCUAUACAAUUGAUUAGAGGGGUGAGGCGGAAGGUUUGAGAAGAAAAGGCAAUACUAUUCAGAAAGAUUUUGAAAAUUAGCCGACAUAAAUCAAGUGUCCCCUAAGGAACCAUUUAGUGGAACAAGAACCGGUUAAAAUAAGAAAAAUAGAACCGAUUAAAAUAAGAUUCAUUCAUUCAUGAGUAGGAUCUUAGGAUGUAGAACGUCAGUGAUUUUACAUCGUGUUUGGCCGUGUGCGAAGGUUAACAGUCCUAUAGAAGAAUGCAAAAUGAAACGUUACCGAAAACCACAAUGUGGAAUGCCGUAAAGCGACCUGUCCUGGACAUGUCCGAAACGAAACCGAGCCUGGAUGCUUGUCUGCUGGCUUGCUUCCGUCUUCAGCUCCUCAAAGAGAAAAGGUUUGUGAAGAUGGGCCACAAGUUUCAAGCAAAUUUAACUCGAUGAACAAGAAAGUCCAAAAUGUUCGACAUGUGUUUAAAUCUCAUGCAGUAUAGUAGAAAGACCACCAGUUAUGCAGAGCGAGUGAAUCUAUAAACAUGUAAUGACAAUAGAUUAUUAUAUUUUCUCUUUUAUUGGAAUAACAAGUAGGCUAGGCAUGGUCAUGAAAAUCUUGGAUUCUUUGAUGAUAUCAAUUUUUUGUAAAGCAGGAGAAGGAUCUCGAACUAAAGAGUAUAUGCAUGGUGUGUAAAAGAAAGGUUUCGUAUAAUUCCAGUUUCUUGUACCAAAUUAGUGAAAACCUUAUUUCAAUGAGCGUACGCCAGGGAUACAGUUGUUGAAGAAAAUAAUGGCGUUUAUUUAGGUUUAUUGGUUUUUUUUGCAUCUUAGAAAAAGCAAACUUGAUUGUUUCGAACCAUUGAUUUAAUGAUCAUUGUGGAUAUCAUAAAACCUUUUUAACAGAAAACGUGAAAUAGCUCCCUUAAAAAGAAUACAUAUGAGAACAACGACGCAUCUACUCAGAUGUUGAAAGACACAGAAGGGAGCUUGUUCCUGUGCAUAAGCAAUGACGACGGCGACCCCGAGGAUAACGCCUUUUACCUUCGAAUUUCGCAGUUGCCUACAUCUGUUCCGUGCACCUUUUGGUCUCAGAACUCGCUCAAGCUAAAUCUGUAACGCCAGUGUUCAAUUCCAAAUGAAAAUACGAAAAAUUAGCCGACGUCGUUUGCGUUCUCCAUAGUCAUUUCACGUUGUAGUUGUGCAGAGGACGGCAAAGAAAUGUACAAAGAUUUAUAACGCACGUGCACAGCCAU